AUGAGUGGCGCUGGAUUCGACUGGCUUAAUAUAGCUGGAUUGAGUUCUGAUAGUAAUCUUCCACCACCUCCAGUAUCAUUUGGCGUUACUCCCACAUCAUCAACAUCUUCAGUCAAUUUGGUUCAACAAAAUGGACAACAACAACAACAACAGCCACAAGGGAACGGUGUAGAUUUUCAAAGGCCUGUACCACCACCACCACCAUCACAGAGUAAAAGUGAAGAUGUAUUAUCAAAACCUACAUAUAUUGAAGAUGAUGAAGAUUUAGCCGUUCCAUUAUCACUUACAAUAGAGCAAUUAACAAAAGAUGAAGCUAAAACUUAUUUAAGAUGGUAUAAUGAUAUUGUUGUUAGAAAAAACACCAAACUAAUACGGUUAAGUGAUGUUUUCAAUUUUUUAAACAAUUUCAACAUUUUAGAUCAAAAUAGAUCUAUAUUAGAAAAAAUAUUUAGAUCAUGUACUUCAUUAAAUAUUGGAGAAUUUUUUGCAUUGUUGAGAUUAAUUUCACAUACAAUCUUAGGUACGGGUAUACCAUCAAGAAAAUUAAUAAAAGUUCCUGCUCCAAUACCCAAACCUAAAUCAAUUUUAUCCAAGAAAAGAAUGAAUGAUUUAGAAAAUGGAGAUGAUGAUAAUGAUAAUGAAUUUAUGAAUAAAUUAACAAGUAAUACUGGCUCUGAUGCAAGUAAAUUUGAUUUAGAUUCUUUUACACAAUUCAUAUUAACGGGUGAAAGACCUGAAGAACGUCAAAAAAAGAAGAAAAAAAAUGGAUUAUCUAAAAGAGUCAAAUUUUCUGAUGAAGUUUCAGUUGAACCAAGUGCAGAAGCUGCAGAACCUGUUAAUUUUGAUUUAACAUUACCAAUGGAUCAAUUAUUAGGAAGAUAUAAUAAACCAAAACCUCAACCAUCACCUGAAUCUUCUGGUAAAAUUAAUGAAGAUGAAGAAUUACAUGAAAUGAAGGAUCAAUUUGAUCAUUUUAAAAAUGUUAAAAAUGUUGAUAGUGCUUUAGUACAUGGUACUCCGGCAAAUAUUCCAUCAAUUUUCUUUGAUCAUGAAAUGGGGAAUAGUAAUAAUGGAUCACCAAGAGUUUCUUCACCAGAUCCUUCAAGUCAAUUUAGAUUAUUAUCACCAAAUCAUACAGGUCCUGUUAGACCUUUACCUCCAAAUCAUACUGGUCCGGUACUAAGUCCUGGAAUGUUACAACCAAAUACAACAGGUGGUGGUGAUAUGUUUUUAAACAGUUUAUUAACAAAUCAAUCACAACAUCAACAACAAGCUCCUCCUCCACCUACAAUGCAACCUUUACAACAACAACAUACAAAUGGUCAACUGGCUCCAAACUAUACAGGAUUGAAUCAAUCACAAUUACAACCAACAAUGACUGGUUCAUUAUCAUCUCAAAUGCGUCAAAAUUUUAAUCCAGAUUAUAGAGCUGGUUCUGCAUCACCAAAUUUAGGUAAUAAUCUUUCAGUACCACAACCACCACAAAGUCGUCAAAGAUCAGCAUCAUCACCAAUCCCAUUUGAUCCAAAUUCUUUACAUGUUCCACAACAACAACAGCAACAACAACAGCAGCAAAGAGCACCAUCACCAAUUACAUCAUCAAGAUCUCCUCCUCCACCACCUCCUCCAAGAUCAAGAGCCAAUACAUUAUCAGCACCACCUCCACCACCUUCAAGAAAUUCAAAUCCUGGACCUGCAUUACCACCUAAAAUCCCAAUGAAUAAUAGUCAAUCACCAUCACCAUCACUUUAUCAACAGCAACAACAAGGGUUUAAUGCUUCACCUUAUGGACAAAGAAAUGAUAGUGUUUCAAGUAGUACGGCUGAUAUUCUUGGUGAUUUGAAAGCAUUACAAUCAGAAGUUGAUAAGAUUCAAUAUUAUCGAUAG